AUGAAAGCACCCCGGGCGUGGUAUAAGAGGUUUGCAGAUUUUGUUGCUUCUAUUGGUUUUACUAAUAGUAAGAGUGAUAAUUCCCUUUUUAUUUAUCGUCAGGGGAAAAAUGUGGCUUACUUGCUUUUAUAUGUUGAUGACAUUAUUCUUACUGCUUCUUCUGAUACUCUGCGGCGUUCUAUUAUGUCCCUUCUUAGCUCGGAAUUUUCUAUGAAGGACUUGGGUCCUCUUAAUUAUUUUCUUGGCAUGGCAGUGACAAGACAUAAGGGUGGAUUAUUUUUGUCACAACGCAAGUAUGUGGAGGAGAUUAUUGAGCGUGCGGGUAUGUCUUCAUGUAAGCCGUCGGCUACACCUAUUGAGGUGAAGUCGAAGGAUAGCUCUUCCGGCUCUCCUUUUUCCGACCCCACAUUGUACCGUAGCCUUGCUGGGGCUCUACAGUACCUCACUUUCACGAGGCCGGAUAUAUCAUAUGUGGUCCAACAGGUAUGCUUACACAUGCAUGAUCCGAAGGAUAUUCACAUGUCUGCUCUGAAGCGGAUAAUCCGGUAUAUCCAAGGUACUCUUGACCAUGGUUUGCAUCUUUAUCCUUCUUCUAUUUCUACACUCAUAUCCUAUACAGAUGCUGAUUGGGGUGGGUGUCCCGAUACGAGACGAUCUACCUCUGGAUAUUGUGUUUAUUUGGGUGAUAAUUUGAUUUCUUGGUCAUCAAAACGCCAGGCUACUCUUUCUAAGUCUAGUGCAGAGGCAGAGUACAGGGGUGUUGCAAAUGUUGUUCGGAGUCUUGUUGGCUACAAAAUUUAUUGCUUGAGUUACUUUAUCCGAUUAAAAAGGCUACAUUGGUUUAUUGUGACAAUGUGA